AUGGGGAGCUCUGCGUGCUGGAGGCUGCUAAUGCUGCUCUCAGUGUGGGGGGGUGUGCUCCAGAGGGUGGAGACAGACUCCGCGGGGCAGACCGCGGGGGAGCUGUACCGGCGCUGGGAGCGGUACCGCAGGGAGUGCCGGGAGACGCUGCAGGCUGCGGAGCCGCCCGCAGGCCUCGCCUGUAACGGGUCCUUCGACAUGUACGUCUGCUGGGACUACGCGACGCCCAAUGCCACUGCCCGUGCGUCCUGCCCUUGGUACCUGCCCUGGCACAGUCAUGUGGCUGCAGGCUUUGUCCUCCGCCAGUGUGGUAUUGAUGGCCAGUGGGGCCCGUGGAGAGACCAUUCGCAGUGUGAGAACCCAGACAAGAAUGGAGCCUUUCAGGACCAAAAGCUUAUCUUGGAGCGGCUGCAGGUUGUAUACACUGUCGGCUACUCCCUGUCCCUUGCCACGCUGCUGCUAGCCCUGUUCAUCUUGACUGUCUUCAGGAGACUGCGCUGCACCCGAAACUACAUCCACAUCAACCUGUUCACAUCUUUCAUGCUGCGGGCGGCAGCCAUCCUCACCCGAGACCGGCUGCUACCUCCCCCGGGUCCUUACCCUGGGGACCAUGGCCCCACCCUGUGGAACCAGGCCCGGGCUGCCUGCCGCGUGGCCCAGAUCGUGACCCAGUACUGCGUGGGCGCCAACUACACGUGGCUCCUGGUAGAAGGCAUCUACCUGCACAGCCUGCUGGUGCUGGUGGGGGCCUCUGAGGGGGGCCACUUCCGCUGCUACCUUCUCUUUGGCUGGGGGGCCCCCGGGCUUUUCGUCAUUCCCUGGGUGAUCGUCAGGUACCUGUACGAGAACACGCAGUGCUGGGAGCGGAAUGAUGUCAAGGCCAUUUGGUGGAUCAUUCGUACCCCUAUACUCCUGACCAUCUUGAUUAACUUCCUCAUCUUUAUUCGUAUUCUUGGCAUCCUUGUUUCAAAGCUGAGGACAAGACAGAUGCGCUGCCCUGAUUACCGGUUGAGGCUGGCCCGCUCCACGCUGACACUGGUGCCUCUGCUGGGCGUCCAUGAGAUGGUGUUUGCUCCUGUGACAGAGGAACAGGCCCGGGGGACCCUGCGCUUUGCCAAACUUGGCUUUGAGAUCUUCCUCAGCUCCUUCCAGGGCUUCCUGGUCAGCGUGCUCUACUGCUUCAUCAACAAGGAGGUGCAGUCGGAGAUCCGCCGCAGCUGGCACCGCUGCCGCCUGCGCCGCCGCCUGGGCGAGGAGCAGCGCCAGGCCUGGGAGCGCGCCUCGCGGACCCUACCCGAGGGCUCCGGCUCCGGCCCCGGACCGGUGCCCACCGGCCGCGCCCUGUCCUCGGGGACCCUCCCGAGGCCUGGGGAUGAGGCCAGCCGCGUCUCGGAAAGUUACUGCUAG